AUGAGUGAAGCUUGUGACCCUCUCGUCUCCUCACUUUUUGACUUAGGAUAUGCGGUGGAUAUCGAGAAUGACAGUUCAGGAAACCGUGCCAUUCCAAUUGCGGUGGUAGCUUCUGGAGAAUGUGGCAACGCCAUCUCCCUAUACAAACUGGAGGAGGAUAUUGUCGAAUUGAGAGGCGAUGCGACGACUCCGAUACGAGUUCCUUCAAUCGGAAAAUUAGAGAGUAUCGAGUGGUCUGUAGGUAGCGCCCCUGCCCGUCAAAUAUGUUUCGGACGGACUGUUGAAGAAAAGGCGACAUGGAUGGCCGUUCGGUUUCCUCGCUCUACCAUAAUAUGCAGGCCAGAGUACCAUCGAAAGGUAGUUCCUGUGCAUAUAUAUCAUUGUGAUGAGCGCAUGACACCGAUUAAUUCUCGCACUUCGCGCCUUGAUGCGAACCCUUUGGUGGAUAUACCUAUUGUUAAGACCGGAGGUUUUAUGCACGCGGACGUGACCUUCAAUCCAUGGUACCAGAAGCAACUUGGAAUUGUUGACGUAAAGGGAAACUGGAGUAUCUGGGAAAUCUCAGGUCGCCAUAGGCGAAGCAAGGGCAAUUGGACCGCUGCAUGUGUCAAGUCUGGCUCACUUCCAUGGCUUGACCUUGACGACAGUCAGGAUACAGAUGACCGUCCUCGACAUGAUGGAUGGGCAGCCAUAGAAUGGACCAGUGAUGUCAAUACCUUCAUUGUAUCUGAUCGGCGUUGCCCGAUGCUCUAUCGCUUGCAAAACGAUCAAAUAUAUUCCUUUUCAAUUGAGCUUGAUUUGAAGCGCCGAUCAGAGUGGGUUCUAGAUGUCAAGAGAAGUGACUGCAACUUUUCCCACGUUUUCAUUCUCACGACUUCUCGAGUUUUCUGGAUUGAUAUCCCAUUCGAUCUUGCUGCAACCACUGAGAAAAAUACGAGACCACCGUUAUACCCCCUCCUAUCCUGGCGUCAUUUUCGGGACCCUGAGGACACGACCUUGCAACUAGCCCCUUUGUUCGUUCGUGAAGAUUUUUACCUUGUGCUUUAUUCACGGCUAAAUGACCUUGCGUUGGCCUUCUGCUAUCCUACUACUACUACAGAGGACAAUAUUACGGAUACAGUACCCGUUCCUGAUCCAUUCGUUUUGGAAAUUCCAUCGAUAUCAGAUGCUUCUGAGCCUCAAACCUCUCUAGGGGGGGUACACUUCUCUUCGCUAUGUUUCAAAGAAAUCAUGAACUCACAGUCAUCGGUGGACAAAAAUCGUCAUGGUCCUAGUUCCAGCCUUGUAAAACUUUUUAUACUGGACUCCCGCCUAUCUGUCCGCGAAAUAAUGUAUACUGGGCCUAUUAGUGACGAAGCUACAGAUGAGCAUUCACUCAGGAAAGAUGUCUUGCGACUGAGGAAACGCUAUCCGAGAAUUCAGAGAGCAUCGUCAAUACGGUCCUUGGAUGAUUUUAUAGUCGAUGACUGGGACGAAUCCGUUUUUAGCGGUAGUACGCUCACGGUACCAGACACAGGAUGUUGUUUUACGCCAUUAGCGCUCCCACGAUGGACCGUUGAUUACGCACAGAUUUACGCAGUCGCUAGUGGAAGAUUGAUGGUGUCGAGAAAAGGGGAAGGGCUUCAUAUCACAGGGAAAGGGUUCAGGGAAUCCAUCCAAGAAUUAGAAGGCAAACUAUAUGGCAUAACCCUGAGCAACCAGCCUACCAGCCAAACCAUACUCGAAACUCUCGGAAGCAGCCCCUUAUUGGAUGAUAUCGACCAAAAUGCUCAAGAUUUGGGUAGUUUUCUUUCAGCUAUUGUGGACAACGUGGGUAACAACUCAGUACGAGAGAACCAGAAUCGACACAUAUUUGCACUCCAACCGCCUGAUCUUUUUGGCUUGCCAUCGUUCAAGCCUACCGACUUGGCAAGGUCUUCUUCGUCAACUGGGACUUUGAUUGAUAUGUAUGACCGACUGGUCAAUGAUUGGUUGGCUGUUCUGCCACAUGAUAUACCAGGACGCACACGUAUCAUGAAAGAGAAGGCGAUCCGCUACAUUGCAGCUGAUCUCGCUUUGGCUCAAAUUACUACGGCGCGUAGGCUGCCUUAUGAACUGGAUGAACUGAUCUCCAAUAAACAAGGAAGGGCAGAGAACUAUGCGCUGUCAUUUAGUUCAAAAGCGUAUGACAGUGUGCCUUCAUUCUUUGGUCAAGACAAAUUACCUUCGUCAUCGACUGUUUUCUAUGACCACGGAUUGGAAACCCCUAGUAGUGCCGCAGCUCGAAGCAGUCUCACAAUUGGCGGAGAGGAUGGGAACUACGAGUUGAAAAGUGGCAUUGGAACCAUAUACGCUACCCUUUCUUCCUUUACUACGUUCAAUGGCACGCGAUCACUGUCAAGAAACCUGUCUGGCGUGCUACACCACUGGCAGCCGGGAACUGACCCAACCACAUAUGACUGGCAAAGGACCGUACAAGCACUGGAAAACGAAGAGUCACGGCGACUGAUCAAUCCUGCAACCCCGAAACGCAAGUCGCGGAAGAAGAUGUCCCAGCGUUCUCACAGCAGGAGUCGUCAUCCUUCCACGCCUACUACCCCGGCGUCUUCCGCGGUUCCCGUUAUUCGGGAAUGGGGCAGUCAGCCGGAAAAUAGCGAGCCGUCCGCGGUGAGAAUACAAAGCAGUCAGCCUGUGGAAGAAGACCUUCCCAUGACCCAAAUAGAGCGAGGGAUAUUUGGGGGGCGAGAAGCCAGCCAGAAUACAGCGAUGAGGACCAGGAAGAAGAAGAGGGCAGCUGGGUUUUAG